AUGAGCUCCUCCGUCGCCGCCGCCCCGCUUCUGCGGCGGCGCAACGGCCGCCCGCAGGCAUGCGAUCAAUGCCGCGGCCGCAAGGUCGCCUGCGACCAUACCCAGCCCGUAUGCAACCGCUGCCGCGCCACCGGCCGCGACGACGAGUGUACAUAUACCAUUUCCAGCUCGCGGCCGGUCCGACCGUGGCCCAUGAGCUCCGCCCGCCGCCGCAACGAGGGCCAGCAGGGCUCACCGAGCACGCCCGCGGCAGAGGCACGACCUGUCACUGCAUCGCUUCACGUCUCGCUCCUCCCAGACGCCGCCGCCUUCCCAAAUGGCGUCCAGGACCGUGUCCCAUCAGACGUGAUGACGCCAUCGCCCAGCUCGGACGAACAGGCUUCAGGCCCUCCCUCUUCUGCGCCGCCCGCGCCCGGCCCUGGCUUCCUCGGCAUCCUUAGUCACUCGGCCGUGUACGAAGAGACCAAAAACACCCUGUCGCUGCUACAGGGCUUCCGGCCCUGCAUCCCUGGCCAUGGCGAUGCCGCCCAGGCGCACUUCCGCGACCCGUCGCAGGUGCUGUCCUCGCCCGUGCGGGAGAUGUGCUUGGUCGUCCUGCGGAGCAUUCCCUGCCCGCCCAAGGGCCACAUCGCCCUGCGCAUGUCGCCGCAUCCCUACGAUGGCUGGGCGCGCGUGGCCGCCCAGCGCGUCCUCGCAGGUCUGUACGAACGCUUCGGCGCGCACCUCGGUACCGCCCGGACCAACGCCCAGCUCGAGGACAUGGCUCUGUUCCUGAGCCGAAACACCGCGCGGCCCUUCAACGACAACGAGCCGGACCCGGACCAAUGGAUAGGCCAGUUCACCGGCCCGAACUUGCGGUGGGAGUCUCUGGGCUUGCUCUUCACCUUCAGGGAGCUGGGCGGCUCGACCCUGAGCGACUCAGAUCAUGACAUCGAGCAGUUCACCUGUGGACUAACCAGGCAUUGGCCCGAGGUUGCCCAGGUGUGCCUCGGGCUCUGUGUCGAUCUCACUCGCCGCUUCUCCGACGGCAACAGCAUACUCUUGCAGCUAUGCAUCAGGCGGACCGUGUCGGAGUCGAUCCUGACCGGCGACGCAAGCGCGUCUACUUGGAGAUGCCUCGCAGAGUCCGUCUCCCUCAUGACAUUUUUAGGCCUUCACGACGAAACCGAGACGCCCGACUACCGCCCGUCACUGAGCUCCGAGUCCAGGCGACGCAUCGCCGCCCACGUCUUCAUCAUGGACAAGGUCGUUGUCCUCUUCACCGGGCGGCCGCCGCUCAUCGGCCACCGUUAUGCGUCCACACCGCUGCCGCUGGAUCUUCAAGACCAAAUUUUGCUCGCCGGCGACGAAGCCAUAGCCCGUGCCUCGGAGGCCCUCGACGAGCGGGGCUGGAACACAGAGGGUGGGCUGUACGCAUCGACCAGCCUCCGAGCGCGACUCAUGAUUGCUCUGAUUCGCGAUGAGCUCGUCGAGAUUGCUCUGGGACGCUGGAGGCAAACACCCUUUGAUAAGAUGCUGGCCAUCAAGGAGCGGCAAAUCCAGACAAUGGCAGAGUUUCCACCCUCCCUCAUCUACCAGCCCGGUGAGCUUGACGCUCGCUCAUCGAGCCCUGGUAGGGUGUACGCCAAGCUCCUGAUUCAACUCGAACACUUGCAGAACCUCUUUGUGGCGGACCGGCUGCUGCUCAGGCGAGGUGGCCUAGACCAGGGUGACUUGCUCCUGACGAGCUUCGAAAUGGUCUCGUUGACGCUGCUGUUUUGGACAAACAAAGAUCGCUUCGCCCUGGCACGGCCGGAUUUUGCCUGGCUUGUCAUGGCCUACGCCACGCCCGCGGGCGGCAUCCUGUGCAUGGAACUGCUCAACCCGUCCUUCAACGGCGCGCAUCCUCGCAACGCCAAGAUCACGCGCUCGAGCAUCAUCCAGAAUCUGAGUCUGCUUAUCGGCUUCCUGGACUGGAUUGGCCCGUCCGCCGCCAACGGGAGCCUCUGCGCCAACUGCAGCGCCGUCAUCCAGCACGUGCUCGACCACACGCUCAACACGACGGGAUCCAGCAGUUGGCCGCCCGAGGCCCUCGACGAGAUGCAGCUCGACUUUAACUUUGAGCUGUUUGACACGUUUGAGUGGCUGCGCGCAGACUUGACGAAUGAGUAG